AUGGCCUACACUCUGGGACAGGCACGGCUCGUUCAGGAACUCCAGAUCGGAUUCGAAAAUCCUCCCAGCUUUGACACGACAAGUCCCCUCGGCCAAGUAUGGCCAUGCUUCUUGCGUGGGACAUAUCCGCAACUUCGGCGGCUGACACUCGACAAUAGUUGCGCCACAGAGGACGAACUGGUGGGGUUUGUGGAAGCCCAUCGCGACACACUCACGUCCCUGACACUGCGCGGUGUGGAACUGAAAUCGAUGGACAUCCCGCCGUAUCCCCGCUACACCGAACGCCCUAGCUCGGCGGUUCGAUGUCUCUGGCGACUUGGCCAAGUGGGGCUUCUCGAGGAAGUUGCCCUCCACGAUGUGUUCUCCGACUCGUGGAGCCAAGGGUGGGUGGUAUCGCGUGGCGGGGGUGAGGGUUGUUUCCGCCGACAAGUGGAGAAGUAUAUCUGUCAUCGCGGUCCAUUUCCAUUUCCCGGUCUUGAGUGGGUGCCCGAGGAGCACAUGAUGCCGGCACUCAGUAACAAUCGACGGGAGCGGGAAAUGGUGGGUGGCGCGAUAGAGCAGUGGCAUCAGGAGCUAGACCAGGUGUCCGACGCGACGUGGAGGUUUGAGGGACGCCUCCUUUGUUAA